AUGCUACUCGAAUGUAUAACAGAAUGUAUAACACACCAGAACGUUCUCAAACGUAACGCUUUGAGUAUGAAAUCAGCGUUUAAUUAUCAAUCCGUGAUUGAUUAUUUAAAUAUUAAAGCGCUUCAAAUAGGACCAAUGACGAUAUUAUGUCCUAAGUGCCAUGCAAAAAAAUGGAAAGAUGAAACCAAUGGACUUUGCUGCGCUGACGAGUCGGAUCAAAUAUCUAUUCGAACAAAUAUGAUUCCAAAUUUAAAAAGAGGUCUCAUUGAAUCAUUGCAAACAGUUUUGCGUGAAAAUAAUCACCUCAUACAGAGCUUCAGAUCUAAUAUAGAGUGGAGAUCCUUUGAUGAAUUGCAAAACUUUAAGUUAAUUAUUCAUGCUGACAGAGUUCCUCAAGAUGAACACAGAGGUCAAUAUAAUGCACCUAUUAUCGAUGAAGUAGCUGUAUUAUUAGUUAAUGAAGAUAAAGGUCGCAGACAUAUAGUUCUGCACGGUCGGAGUGAACAAUUGAGUAGAGUUUCAGAAUUGAAUAGAUCUUAUGAUGCACUGCAAUAA